UCCCAACGCCACAAGUGACACUGAGGCGGGGCCCCCCGGGGGGCCCCCUGGGGGGCCCCCGGGUGGGGCCCCCCUCAACUCCGCGCAGCCCUUGCCCCAGGCCCCCAGAACCUCCAGGGUUCACUUUACUGGGGCUCCCCACGAGGGCCGUGUGCCUCUGCGGCACCGCUGGGUCCGUAAUGGCUGCUCCUCUCUGGCCCCAGAGUCUGUGCUGCACCUGUGUACCUACAGGGGGCCCCCCCGGGGCCUCCAAGAGCUAAGGGGGUCCCCCCACUCAGGGGGCCCCACGACAGUCCUGCAUGCUUUUGCGCAGGCUAAGGCGUUGAACUUCGGCGGCCACUCCGAGUGCAGCGCCCCUCACCAUCACCAUCAUCACCAGCAGCAGCAGCAGCAGCAGCAGCAGUCGCAGCAGCAGCCGCAACAGCAGCCGCAGCAGCAGCAACAAGUCGCACACGAAUUGCAGCGCCCUCCCAGGAACCCAGAAGCGUCCGAGCGGCCCAGCAGAGGCCGGAAGGGAUCUGGGGGCCCCCCUGGGGCCCCUGGGGGCCCCGAAAGUCUUUCUCUGUCCUCCACUAGUCGCCAGCCCGCCUCAGCAGCAGCAGCAGCAGCAGCAGCAGCAGCUCAGCGCGGAACGCAUGCAGGGAAGGGCCUCUCGCUGGAUUUGAGGCCCCUGGCUGGGGCCCCCGCGGAAAGCCCGAGACAGCUGGAGGCGCCCUGGGGGCCCCCCAUCCAGGGGCAGCAGGGGCCCCCAGGGCGCAGCAAACGCCUGGACCCUAGUGAAGCAGCAGCAAUGAGAGACUACACUCUUCGCAUGUCUCAGUACAGCGAGUGGCAGGGGGGGGGGGGUGUGGGGGGAGG